ACAAAGUAUCGAUACUUUUUUCGUGUCCCUAAUAACAACAAGAAAUCUCAAAAUCUGCGUUUCGAAUCGGCAUUCAAUUUGUUGCUGCAAAGCGAAAUUUUUAUUUUAACCUGAUACAUUGAAAAAUAAAUAUAGUAAAUAUUACCUUCAUAUUGUUAUUCAUAUUAAGAAAAUAACACAGGCCAACAUGGCUGGUCCAAUUCAAGAUGUUGUCGAAGAAGACGCAGCAGAUCUACAAUUCCCAAAAGAAUUUGAAAAUGCUGAAACACUACUAAUAUCGGAAGUGGACAUGUUAUUGGAACAUAGAAAAGCACAAAAUGAAUCAGCGGAGGAAGAGCAAGAAUUCUCUGAAGUAUUUAUGAAGACACUAACUUACACAAAUAUGUUUAAAAAGUUUAAAAAUAAAGAGACAAUAGCUGCUGUCAGAAAUUUAUUGCAGUCUAAAAAGCUCCAUAAAUUUGAAGUUGCUAGUUUAGCAAAUUUAUGCCCAGAAACUCCUGAAGAAGCUAAAGCUCUGAUACCAUCAUUAGAAGGGAGAUUUGAAGAUGAAGAACUCAGAAUAUUACUUGAUGACAUACAAACAAAACGGAGUUUGCAGUAUUAAUUUUCAUAAGAAAUAUUUUAAUGAACUGUAUAUAAUUUGAGACUGAGC